AGUGAACACUUCCUAACUAAACGUAGGAAAAAAUACAAUAAAAUUGAUUUAAACAAUUAACAAAAAAACAAAGUGAAAUUAAAUUAAAGUAAUAUAUAAUAUGAAUUGGGAAGGUGAUGGAGAUGAUGAUAAUUUUAAUAGAAAUCGGAAGAAUAAAGAGAAACCGCCAUUAUGGGAUUCAUUUCAAGAUCCCCCUUCAAAAAGAGCCACCGGUUCUGCUGCUAACUGGACAAAGUUGGGUUUUUUCUUAAAGCUCUUCAAAAUGUUUACGUAUCUGUAUGUGUUCAUAAUUAUUUUGACAACUGCAGUUUUAUCUAAAAUGUCAUACAUUUUUAUGGUGGCUCAUAUAAAAUCUAACACUACAGUUAAAUAUUGCAACAUUAUCGAUUUGAAGGGUGACUAUUAUGUAGAACUUCCGGUUAAGGAACAACUUGUUUGGAUUUGGUCUUUAAUAUUAGCAUUUUCGGCCCCAGAAGUCUUUACAUUUUUCCGAUCUUUACGCAUUUGUAUUUUCAAGGAUGUAAAGUCGCCGACAUGGCCCGAAGUAUUAUUGGUGGUGUCAUUUGAAUUGCUUCAUGUAAUCGGUUUGGGAAUAUUGACAUUUUUUGUGUUUCCCCGUUUGGAUUCGACAAAGGCUUUGCUGUUAUGUAACAGUGUUUGUUUUGUACCUGCUGUUUUAAAUAUUUUAAUGGGAACCCACAAACAUUGGAAAUCUAUAGCUGUCUAUUCCAUUAGUAUUUUGGCUUUGAUUGCACAAGCAACAGCAUUUGUUUUGUGGCCAGCCAUCAACGAUUCACUAGAAGUGCAAAUAUUGGCAAUUCCAUUAAUAUUAAUAUCAUUCCGUUGGUGGGAGAAUUAUAUCAAUUCAUAUUCGAGCAUAGCAAACUUGAUAAAAAUGGUACGACGAACCAAGUCUCGAUAUCAUACAUAUUUGUAUUUAUCGCCAAUAAAAAUGGUUGUAUUUGCUUUAAUUGCAUUCAGCUUUCAUGGUCAACCCAUAGAGGAAUAUUUUUCAAUGUUUACCGAAGCAUGGAAUCCACAUGAAAUUGUAGUAAAAAGGGCAAACGUUUCGUCCACAGCGCCAUCAAACUCAUUAACAACAAAAACAACAGAAAACUUUAUAAUUCAAUCAAACAUAAAUGCGCCUCUUUAUAUCCUUCUCAUACAAGUGGCAUCAUCAUAUUUAUGUUAUAUUUUUGGAAAAUUUGCAUGUAAAAUAAAAAUCCAGGAGUUCAGCUAUGCUUUGCCACUCAGCCUAGCUACACCACUUGCUGUGGCUGCCACAGUCGCUCUAACGUGGCUGCGCGAAACAGACGUGUGUUCACUUGAUGAAUACAUUCCAGAUUAUCUGUCCUUCAAAGCUGCAACGUCACUGGGCUUCGGUCGCAAUGCAUGGAGUUUUUUUAACGUGGUCGCUAAAGAUUAUCUUUGGAUAUGGUUGUUGUGGUGGCUGUCACAAUUGUGGAUAACAAAUCAUAUAUGGCGUCCGAAAAAUGAUAAAAAUUUACCCACCGAAAAACUGUUCAUUUGUCCGUGGUAUUGUGGUUUUUUGGUCGAACAAUGUAUAACAUUAAAUAGACGCAUUGUGGAUUGGAAUGAAGAGUAUCUAUCCAUUAAGAAGGACAACAAUAUGACUGAGAACGGAAAUGCAGCCUCUACAGAUAUUCAGGAAACAGACAAAAUCCCACAGCUUAUUAUUUGUGCAACAAUGUGGCAUGAAACACAAGAAGAAAUGAUGGAAUUUUUAAAAUCCAUUGUACGUCUUGAUGAGGAUCAGUGUGCAAGACGUAUGGCGAAAAUACACAUUAAUGGAGGAAAGCCGGAUGAUGAAUAUUACGAAUUGGAAACUAAUAUUUUCUUUGAUGAUGCUUUCAUAUUGGAUGAAAAAUAUGUGGAGAAUCCGAAAAAUCCUCCUCUCAAUGAAUAUGUAAAAAUAUUGAUUACCAGCAUUGAAAAGGCUGCAUUUGAGGUGUACGGUGUUAAUAUAAAAAUCAAGCCACCCGUAAAGAUUGAAACACCUUAUGGCGGUCGUUUGGUAUGGACACUGCCUGGUCGCUCAAAGAUGAUUGCUCAUUUAAAAAACAAGGAUAAAAUACGACAUAAGAAACGCUGGUCACAGGUUAUGUACAUGUAUUAUUUGUUGGGUUUUCGUAUAAUGGAAUUGGAAUCAGUAUCGGCCAAGCGUAAGGCAGUGAUAGCAGAAAAUACAUUUUUGCUGGCUCUUGAUGGUGAUAUUGACUUUCAACCGCAGGCGGUGCAACUUUUAAUAGACCGCAUGAAGGCCAUAGAUGAAUUAGGUGCUGCCUGUGGUCGUAUUCAUCCUGUCGGUAGAGGCCCUAUGGUUUGGUAUCAAAUCUUCGAAUACGCCAUAGGUCAUUGGUUGCAAAAGGCAACAGAGCAUGUUAUUGGUUGUGUAUUAUGUAGUCCUGGCUGUUUUAGUUUGUUUCGUGGUAGUGCUCUAAUGGAGAACAGUGUAAUGAAGAAAUACACAACAGUGUCACAGGAGCCCAUGCAUUACGUUCAAUAUGAUCAGGGUGAGGAUCGUUGGCUUUGUACGCUUAUUCUUAAGCAGGGUUUGCGUGUUGAAUACUCAGCCGCGUCGGAUGCUUACACUCAUUCACCUGAAAUGUUUAACGAAUUCUACAAUCAACGUCGCCGUUGGGUUCCCUCCACCAUUGCCAAUAUAUUUGAUCUACUCUCCGAUGCCGAUAUGGUGGUGAAGAAUAAUAGCUCAAUAUCAAUGCCUUACAUUGUCUAUCAGGCAAUGUUAAUGGUUGGCACCAUUUUGGGGCCCGGCACUAUUUUUCUCAUGAUGGUUGGUGCUUUGGUUACUGUUUUCAGUACCGGUAUAUGGACGGCGUUUUUAUGGAAUUUCAUACCUUUGUUGGCUUUCAUUUUGUCCUGUAUAUAUUUAAAACAAAAUUUUCAGUUAUUGCUGGCUUUUGUUAUUAGUUCUUUGUACUGUUUAGUUAUGAUGGCUGUUCUAAUUGGUAUUAUAAUUCAAAUGAUAGAUGAUGGUCCCUUUGCCCCUGCCUCAUUAUUCUUCCUUUUGGUAUUUUUACAAAUUUUUAUAGCCGGAAUUGUACAUCCCCAAGAAGUUGGGGCUCUUAUAUGCGGCUUUAUAUACUACAUUACCAUUCCUUCGAUGUAUAUGUUGUUAUUGAUUUACUCGGUUUUCAAUAUGAAUGACGUAUCCUGGGGAACCCGCGAAGUUGCACCAAAAAAGGAUGACGAUGGUGUGACUGAAGAUGAUGAUGACAACAAAGAGAAACAUUAUAUACCGGGGUGGAUUAAUGAUCCCCUACUUGUUGACUCUGAACUGGGUGAGAUAUCAUUGCGUGAAAAGCGUUUCUGGAAGGAUUUAAUUAAAUUGUAUUUGAAGCCAAUGUUUCACACAAAGGAGAAGAAGACUGAAAUUGCCGACAGCCUACGGGAACUACGCAACAUGUUUGCUUUCGCCUUUGUUAUGAUAAAUUCAAUUUUCGUUCUUAUUGUUUUUUUGCUUCAACUAAAGAAAGAUUACUUACACUUGGAGUGGCCUAUUGACCCGGUCGACUUCAUAACAUACGAUGAUAUAAACUCACAAAUCUAUAUUUAUCGUCGUUACAAGGAGCUUGACCCCAUCGGUCUGUGUUUUGUUCUCUUCUUCGGUCUCAUUCUCAUAAUACAGUUUAUUGCAAUGUUUUUUCAUCGUUUCGCAACCAUUUCACAGUUGUUGGCUACAACUAAAUUGGAUUGGUUUAGAGCAUCAAGUACGAUAACGGAAGAGGAUGCAGCUCAAGAAAUACGUGGUAAUGCGGUACAUAUUGCACGACAACUACAAAGACCAAAACGUCUCGAUGACGAUGAUGAAGAUGACACCGUUAACGAUGCCAGCCAAAAUGAACUGAACGAUGAGGUUGAACAGCAUAUGGUACGACGUCAAACAAUAUUUAAAUUGCAUGAAAAUCGUAAUAAGAGUCAUUACGACUACAGCGAUCUGCCGCGUAAUUUCGAACGACGUUUUCUCGGUGAUGAUGAUAUAAAUAUGAAACACAUUUCUAUGAGUAGAAAAUCUAUUAUGAUGUUAAAUGAGACACGAUUUGUUGCAAAACGUCGUCUAACGAAACAAACAUCUCGAAAUACAGACUUUAAUAGGAAUCCAAUGCAGGGCCACAAUAAUUUGGCUUUUGAAAAUACUGUGUAAAAGUGUUACUUAUGAUGUACAUUAUAUAUAUUC